CAUCAGCAACAUGACAACAACAAAACACACACAGAUGCUGUGGGGCUGUUAGCUGAGUUAGCUCUCCGAGAUCAACAACUGCUGACUUAGUCCGUGUAUUACACUACAGUAGCCGGAGGAGUGCUACAUUACGAAUUUAGUUUACGACGCGAUGUUUAAUCUGCGAGACUAACUAUGACCUGCGGAUAUUUUAGUCUUUUUUAACGUUAUAGCUAGCUUGAGCUAAGUAGCUUGCUAAGUUAGCUCUAUGUAUGCAAAGCUAAAGGUUAGCUAGCUAGUUGCUAGCAUGUUAGGCGAGGUGGAGACUACGGGGAGAUGCUAGUGAGGUAAGAGCAGCUGAAUUGGCUCUGUGGGUGGCCUUGAAUGAUUAAAUGAGCAAGAAGGGCAAGUGUGAAGAAUUCUGGGAGAUUCAAUAUGAAGCUAUAUGUGUUCCAGGUCAAUAAUGGCAGCACAUUGACAUUUGACACGGAUCUUGCAGUCCAAACUGUAUUGGAGCUUAAACAUGCCAUCCAAGCCAAAUACAAGAUUGCAGUUCAACAUCAGGUCCUUGUUGUCAAUGGAGGGGAAUGCAUGGCUGCUGAAAGGCGAGUCUGCAGCUACAGUGCUGGCACUGAAACAAACCCCAUAUUCCUCUUCAACAAAGAGAUGAUCUUGUGUGACCGGGACCCAACAAUCCCCAAAACCACCUUCCAGAAUGAGAAUGAGAUUCAGGUUAAAGUGGAGGAGUCUCUUUUGAUGCCAGCUGUCUUUCACACUGUUGCCUCGCGAACACAACUUGCAGUGGAAAUGUCAGAAGUUGCCAAGAUCCUUUCCUCCUUCUGUGAGCGAUUGGUUCACGAUGAACAUCUCCAACACCAAGGCUGGGCUGCUAUUAUGGCAAAUCUGGAUGACUGCACUCAGUCUUAUCAGAAGUUGCUCUUAAAAUUUGGCAGUGCUUACACAAAUUACCAACAAGACCUGGAAGAAAUUAAAUUGAAACUCACAAAGUUGGGGACAGCAGUUUCUGUAAUGGCCAGGAUACCUCUGCUUGAAUGCUUGACCAGACAUAGUUACCGUGAGAGUAUAGAAAAGUCCAGCUCAACCCCUGAAAAGGAUUCAGAUGAGACUGAGGAUGAGAAAUCUACUGACUCUGUACUCUGUGCAACUAAUGUGCAGAGACUCUCCAAAUUAUCAGCAGCCUCGUCUCCUUCAGGCACAGCUUCUUGUGAACCAACUGGAGUCCAGGAAAGUAGCGAAAUGACUGACAGCGGUGGUCUGAGAGCAGCCCUACUAGAUGACGACACUCCAGAGUUGGCCAACACCCCUUCCUUUAAUGUCACCUUAUUAGACUGGAUCAAUGUGCAGGAUAGACCCAAUGAUGUGGAAUCAGUUGUAAGGAAAUGUUUUGACUCCAUCAAUAGGCUGGAUCCACGGAUCAUCCAACCUUUCUUGGCUGAAUGUCGAGACACAGUGGCUAAGCUAGAUAAUCAAAACAUGAAAGCCAUCAAAGGCCUUGAAGACAGGUUGUAUGCUCUAGACCAAAUGAUUGCAAGCUGUAAGAAGUUGGUGAAUGAACAGAAGGAACUUGCUCAGGGAUUUUUGGCCAAUCAGACGCGGGCUGAAAAGCUGAAGGAUACAUCAGUUUUGCCUGACUUGUGUCUGAGUCACACCAACCAGCUGAUGAUCAUGCUCAACAACCACAGGAAGCUACUAGACAUCAAAAAGAAGUGCACCACUGCCAAACAAGAGCUUGCAAACAACCUUCAAGUCAGACUCAAAUGGUGCUUCUAUGUAAUGCUUCAUGCAGACCAGGAUGGGGAGAAGCUUCAGGCUCUACUAAGACUACUGAUGGAGUUAAUGGAAAGGGUGAGGGUGGUGGAGGCCCUCAGUACUGUUCCCCAGAUGUACUGCUUGGCAGUGGUGGAAGUCGUCAGGCGAAAAAUGUUUAUGCGCCACUACAGAGAGUGGGCCUAUGUGCUCGUGAAGGAAGGAAAACGACUGUACGACGCAGAGAAGUUUAAGAGGGAAACUUUUGGGAAGCUCUUCAGAAAGUCUUUCCUUCGAAAUCGUUUGUUCAGAGGACUCGAUUCUUGGCCUCCAACAUCAUUUUGUACGCGAAAGCCCAGAAGGUUUGAUGAUGAACUUCCAGACAUCUCACUCAAGGACCUGCAGUACUUGAAAUCUUGUUGUCCUGUAGAGGUGCAGCCUUUUCUAAUGGUUCCAACAAUGUGUGAUUUUGAGCCUUUAAAUUACCAUGUGGAGACACUUCACCACCUCGUCCAAGCUGCUCAAAGUGUUGAUGAGAUGUCUCAAACUAUUACCGACCUGCUUAGCGAACAAAGGGCAUCUUGUAGUCACAGUGCUCAGAGAUCAAAUGUGUUAACUCCACAGUCUGAAAGCAUACGUGGGAGUAUAACCUCUAUGCCCUCCAAAACCCCUUCCUCUCUCAGUCUUCAGGGACCCAGCUGCCAGCCUGUACAUGUUCCAGUCCCAGCCCCUUUAGAGGAUUUAUCCCCAGACAGCAUUGAUGCCCAGACAUUUGACUUUGAAACCAUUGGCCAUCCGAACAUGGAUCCAGUCCUUCAGCAGGGCUCUUUAGACCUGGAUUCUCUAGCAGAGAGCCCUGAGUCAGAUUUCAUGUCUGCUGUCAAUGAGUUUGUGAUUGAAGAAAACUUGACUUCUCCUAACCCCAUCAGUGACCCUACCAGCCCCGAAAUGAUGGUGGAGUCACUGUAUUCAUCUGUUAUCAAUGCUAUUGACAACAAGCGCAUGCAGGACACCACACUACUUGAAAGAGAGAAUUCAAGAAUCACGUUUUUGAAACAAGUCAUUGACAGGUAUCAAUCUGCAGCAGAGGAGUCUCAUGCCAAUGUAAAAAUUUUGAAGGAUGACCUCUGUCACUUGCGUGGACUAGUACUAAAAGAACACCAUGACUUUGGCUUUGUGCUAAAAUCUGUAUCUGUAGAAGUGAAUGACAUUUUGGCGAACAUCUGCCAGACUCAUGAACUGGAGUUGAGAGAGCGGCAUCAAAAUGAACUCUCUGUUCGACAAGUCCUUGAGAAGGAGGUCCGGGCCCUAACAGAGGAAAACCAGGUUAACCAGAACAUUGUGAAAGAUGUCCAACGUGCCAUGCUUGAACUGGAAGGGCGUAUGGAGCGUAAAGAGAAGGAGUUUACUCAGCUAGAGAGUGAGAAAGAGCUUUGCAUUAAAGUAGAGACUAGCCAAAAGGAAAAGAUCAAAUCGCUAGAGCAGAUCAUUGGUGAUCAAACUGAUGAGAUUAAAAGUUUGUCUACUUUGAGAGACUCGCUGACUGCUCAACUUGAGAAUCUACACUUUGAGAUUGAACGUAGUCAACAGAAGAUAAGGCAGGAAUUACAAAUUCUCGAGCAGUCUCACUUAAAAGAACUGGAGGACAAACUGAAACAGGAGCACGACGCCCAAUUGGAGGCUCUCACCAAAAGUAACCUGGAGAUUCUGGAGCAUCUGGCUGCAGAAAAUGAGGGCAAGUUAAGAGAGACAGCUGAUCAGCAUGUCACCACUCUUCGAGAGAAGGAACAACAAGUCAGGGACUUGGAGGCCCGCGUGACUGAGCUGGCAGACCUUCGCUGCAAGCUGGAGGCGAAGGUAGCCCUCAAAGAGUCAGAGACUAAAGACAUGAGGCUGUUACUUGAGGAAAUCAAGAUGGAGCAGGCGCAGGUUGUUAGGUUUCAGGUAGAGGCUGAAACUGAAGUCCUGAAUCAAGAGCUGACAGUUAUAAAAAGGCAGCUUCACAUGAAAAAUGACGAAUACGAAGUGGACCUGGCAGAGCUUAGGUCUCUAAUGAGGAUCGAGAAGGACCACUGCAUCUCUGAGCUGGUCGACAGACAUGAGGAGGAAACUACAUUGUUGCGUAGCGAGCUGUACUCUGCGCAUCAACAAAUAUGUGAUACUGACAGGAACCACACAGAGGCGCUGCAAAAACUAGACCAGCAGUUGGCUGCUCUACGUGAAGAAAAGGAUACUCAGUUAAGGUCUUUCCAAGAACAGGAGCAAGACCUGAGGACUGUUAUCAGCAAUCUGCAAACAGAAAAUGACCUUCUCUCAGAAAGAUUAGAGCAGGACAGACAAGCAACCCAGAGUGAGGUAGAUAAAGAAGAGGCCUUUAAGGUUGUGUUACCAGAUGCCUGUACAGAGUUACAGAAGGAAAAAGAGGAAAUGGAGAAGAGACUUUUAGACAAAAUUAGACGACUUGAGAAUGAGCUUCAUGAGAGAUUGUCCCAAACGAGGGAUGAAGUGUUGUCGCUGCACACUGAGGAGCUUGCAGAUGCUGGUGCACCUCUGUCUCUAGAUUCAGCUCUACAAGAGCGGCUGCAACAGGAGAGAGACUCCCUGAUAGAGAUCCUGGAGAAGAAGAAGAACGAGGAGAUUCAGACACUGAAGACGUCACUAAUUGCAGAACAGCAGACAAAUUUCAACACUGUUCUAACCAGAGAGAAGCUGAAAAAGGAACAGAUCAUCAGUGAGCUCAGAGAGAAGCUGCAGAAAGUUACUCAGCAGCAGGAGAAGGACAAAGCUCUGAUAGAGACUCUGUCUGAAGACCGUGCUAGUGUCAUGCAGGAGAAGAAACACUUGGAAGAAGAGCUGAACCACCUGCGCAGCACUGCGCUGGUCUCCUCCACUUUCUUCACUCAGAGCGGCGCAGAUGGAGGAGCAUCGGCUGCAGUGCUGCCCGGUGCUGCAGCCUGUUCCUCUGAGAUUCUGUAUGAUGUUGACAGGCUGGCCUCUGUGGCAGCCAUUCGAGAUGACGAACACGUGGAUCCCGCAGUGGAAGCAAGCAUGGUCACCGUCCACGAUACCCUCUUGAUGUCAGAAGAGAAACAGCGGAUACUCUUACUGGAGAGGACUUUGCACAUGAAGGAAGAAGAAAACAAGCGCCUCAGUCAAAGACUGAUGUCUCAAAGUAUGUCUUCUGUCUCAUCUCGGCAUUCAGACAAAAUCGCCAUCAGAGAUUUCCAGGUGGGUGAUUUGGUUCUGAUCAUCCUGGAUGAAAGGCAUGAUAACUAUGUGCUGUUCACAGUCGGCCCCACCCUCUACUUCCUGCACUCAGAGUCUCUCGCUGCGCUGGACCUCAAACCAGCAUCAGGGACGUCACGGCGGCCAUGGGUACUUGGAAAGGUGAUGGAGAAGGAGUAUUGCCAGGCAAAAAAGGCCCAGAACAGGUUCAAGGUUCCUUUAGGAACCAAGUUCUACAGAGUGAAAGCUGUUCCAUGGAACAGAAAAGUCUAAUAGCCAAGUAAUGACCCAAAAUGUAUAUUUAUAUUACAUUUUUCAAAAGACUAUAAUUCAUAACUUGAAAAUUGAAAGAACAUAAAAAUGAAAAGACUUCAGUCACCAUCAUGCUGUUUUAACUUUGUGUUCACACCCACCUGUUACCACUACAUUUAUUUUAUUUUGUUAAAUUUUUUUUUUUCUUCCUUCAAACCCAGAUUUGGUAAUGAGGACCAAAUGCGAAUAAUGUAGUUAGGGCAUGGCCCUAUGCGCUGCGGCGUUACGCCAUUCGACCUGUGUGUAAUAUACAAAAUUUGGAUGUUAAAUAUUAAUUCUCAUUAUCAGCAUAAGUUCUUUUUUUUUGUGGAAAAUGUCAUUAUCAGCACACUGAAAUAAAAAUACAUUUAUGAUAAUGUUUACGGAGGAAUGUUAAUAGCAUGCAUAAUGACAUUUUGUUUGAUUUACUUCUCCAGAUAAAUGUUGUAGUUGGAAAUGUAGUUAAUGCUGUUUGUUACUCACAUGAACAGUCAGUACUGGAGUGUAUAUUACGGUCGGCUGACAGAAACAGUCGACUUUGCAAUCCUUGAAAUGCACUUUCAAAAACAAUGCUUUAUUUGUUUGUUUGUUUUAAAAAGGGAAGUCAUUGAGCUGUCAGAACUAAGUAAAUAUCAGCACAAACUUCUCACUAUCAUAGAAUAUCGAUAUGUAGAAAAGAAUACUUUGUGACUGUGUAUCAUUAUCGGAAGACAUUGUACAAUAUCCAUUGAUUCGCACAUUUAACAAUAAAUUACUGUAUUGUAAAAGAUAGAGUUUUGAAACAAUAAAGGAUUGAUCCCAAA